AUGCCAUUGCAGAUUUAUCAGCUGAAAACGGUGACUUACGGACUUGCAAGCUCUCCGUAUCAAGCUGCCCGGGUGCUCAACAAACUGGCCGAAGACGAAGGGCACAAAUUCCCUCUAGCAUCGAAAGUUGUAACCAAUCGUUUUUAUGUAGACGAUUGUUUGGCUGGAAGCGACAACCUCGAAGAAGCCACUGAAAUUUGUCGUCAAUUACGAGAGCUUCUCGGGGUUGGAGGAUUUACAUUACGCAAAUGGAGCACAAAUUGCCAAACUGUGUUGCAACACAUACCAAGUGAGCUGUGGGAGAGCGACUCUCUAAUGGAGAUAGGACGGUCGACGGUAACUGCUUUAGGGCUUCUAUGGAACCCACGAAAUGACAGCUUUAGCUUCAAGAUUCCCACGUUACCCGGAUUAUCGACGGUUACCAAACGCAUCGUGGUUUCCGAAACUUCUCAACUGUUUGACCCAUUUGGACUUCUUGGGGCAGUCGUGGUCAACGCUAGAAUGUUUGUUCAACGUCUUUGGGCCAAACAUGUUUCAUGGGACGAGGAGGUUUCUAGUGAGGAAAGUGCCUGGUGGAAGGACUUUCGCAGUGAACUUACUUUGCUUCAGCAGUUAACAAUCCCUCGGCGGGUUCUGUCCAAUUCACAUCGGAAUUACCAUCUUCACUGUUUCUGUGACACGUCCGAGAAGGGUUACGGCUCUUGUGUUUAUGUGGUUGGUCCAAACCACGGAGGCAAAAUCGACAGCCAUCUUUUAAUUACAAAGGCACGAGUGGCUCCUUUACGAGGAUUGUCGAUUCCACGGCUUGAACUAUGUGCAGCAGUAUUGGGCAGCCAGUUGGUGGAUAAAUUACGAAAUGCAACGGACUUCUCGGCAACCGUCACUUUCUGGACGGAUUCGACUGUGGUGCUAUAUUGGCUUCGAGCACCACCCACAAAUUGGAAAGUAUUUGUGUCUAAUCGCAUUGCUGAGGUACAGAGGCUUACCAAAAACUGCCAAUGGAGACAUAUCCCCACGGAUCUCAAUCCGGCAGACCGAAUUUCCCGUGGGAUUCGACCAAGCCAAAUAAUGGACGACGCUCUGUGGUGGCAUGGACCACCGUUCCUUAAGGAUCCUGUUACCUGUUGGCCGAAAAUGUUGCCCAAUGCGAUACCCAAUUCCGAUGUAGACCAGGAGAGACGAAACACGGUUGCAUUGGCGAGCAUAGAGAAUGACGAUUCCAUUGUUUCGAGAUUUUCCGAUCUAGGAAGGUUGCUGAAGACUGUUGCCUGGUGCCUCCGGUUUUCCAACAACGUUAGGAGCGAGAAGAAGGACCGUUUCACUGGUACGCUGACACUGCCGGAGCUCGACCUGGCACACAAAACGAUUAUUCGAAUGGUACCUUUUCAAAUGAAAUUAAACAAUUAG